AUGGAAGCAGAUAGAGUGAAUUUGUCUCCAAGAAGAAGUCCUCCUCUCAGAGAUGAACUCAGACCAGCACCCCAGCACAGUUUCUAUCUCAGUCCUCCUCCACUCUAUAUCAAACCCCCCAAAUUCUCCCUUCCCAGAUACCCCAGGCUCUCACCCACCACUGACACCUACAGCAUGUUCAGCUCACCGGCUUUCUUUCCCUUACUUGGCCCUGGUUACACUCCAAAGGAGGGAUCCCAGAAACGCAAAAGAACUCCUUUCAAAAUGGAUGCCCAAGGAGGUGAAUCACCUGACAGAGGAGAGGAGGAGGCAGGAGAGAGCAGCAGUAAGAAGACAGUAGACCUCUCCCACAUCCCCUUGUCUCUCCCUCUUCACACCAUUCCUUCCCCAGCUCCAAAACCCCUCCCUGGUAUGAUCGAGCUCAACAGACUGCAGCUUCAUCAGCGAUCACCGGGUAUGCAUCUACCUGUACAGGUGAAACAGGAGCCUCUCAGUCCUUCCCCAGUUUGGCCUCCCUCCCCUCUCCUUCUCCAUCCUCCCUACUUCCCACCUCUCCACCACAGCCUCUUCCCAUACCCCUUCUUCAUGCCCAGCCCUGUAAUGCACCUCUCCCCUGGCGCCUUCUACCCCAGAGAGGGCCUCCGACCCGGUCAUCGUGCCCGUGACCGAGCUUCUCGAGGCGGGGCAACCAGCGCUGAGAAGCUGGGGUUGGACAUUCACGUGGAUGACAGUUACUAUGUCGAUGUCGGAGGUGACCAGAAGCGAUGGAAGUGUCGCAUGUGUGACAAGUCGUACACCUCCAAGUACAACCUGGUCACGCACAUCCUGGGCCACAAUGGCAUCAAGCCGCACGGAUGCCACUUGUGUGGGAAACUUUUCAAGCAGCUGAGUCACCUGCACACUCACCUGCUCACACAUCAGGGCAUGAGGCCCCACAAGUGCCAGGUGUGCCACAAGGCCUUCACCCAGACGAGCCACCUGAAGAGGCACAUGAUGCAGCACAGUGACGUGAAGCCAUACAGCUGCAGCGUGUGUGGCCGAGGCUUCGCCUACCCCAGUGAGCUCCGUGCCCACGAGCUGAAGCAUGAGAAAGGCCAGGAGAACGUGUGUGUGGAGUGUGGUCUGGACUUUCCCACACUGGCUCAGCUGAAGAGGCACCUGACCGCUCACCGCGGACCCACCCUGUACAGGUGUGCAGAGUGCCAGAAGACCUUCCAGUAUCCGAGUCAGCUUCAGAACCACAUGAUGAAACACAAAGACAUCCGACCAUACAUCUGCAGCGAGUGUGGGAUGGAGUUCAUCCAGUCACACCACCUGAAACAGCACACGCUCACUCACAAAGGCGUGAAAGAGCAUAAAUGUCGCAUCUGUGGGCGUGAGUUUACCCUGUUGGCCAACAUGAAACGCCAUGUCCUCAUCCACACCAACAUUCGGGCCUACCAGUGCCACAUGUGCUUCAAGAGUUUCGUCCAAAAACAGACUCUCAAGGCUCACAUGAUCGUCCACUCGGACAUCAAGCCCUAUAAAUGCAAGCUUUGUGGAAAGGAGUUCAACAGGAUGCAUAAUCUGAUGGGCCACAUGCAUCUGCACUCAGACAGCAAACCCUUUAAAUGCCUCUACUGCCCGAGCAAGUUCACGCUGAAGGGAAACCUCACCAGACACAUGAAGGUCAAACAUGGCGUCAUGGACAGAGGACUGGAUGAGAGACUGUUUAGGCAAAGGGGCCGUUUCUGCCUGACCACUCCGAUGGGCCUCCUCACCCACUUCAGACAAGAGGAGCCGUUUGACCUUUCCCAGAAAUCGCCAGGCCUGCCCAGCCUCCGUCUCGCCCAGUCUGACGGCGAGAGCGUCCCGGGGAGCUCAUGUCAAGAGGAGGAGGAUGAAGAGAGUUUGUACAGAAGGAGCCAGUACAGCCCGGAGGUGGACCAUCACGAGCCCGCAGGCGAGGAGCAGUACAACCCUAAGCUGGAGGAGAGAGGACAGGGAUCUCCAGGCGAGAAACAGACGUACCAGCAAAGUUUGACUCAUGACACGGGGGCUGUGGGAGAAGAAAAAACAUCAUCUGUAGAUCCCAGAGGUGACCAGGUGCAACUCCUGCAGUCAGAAACCUCCUGCGAAUCCGAUUCAGAGCCAGGUGAUGAGGAGGCGUACCCCCAUGAAACAGGCUACAGGCAGACAUGUGACUCAGAGAUGGAAGAUCUUCACAAGAGUUAGAUGAGCCAGAGCAAAGCAAACAGCAAUGAGAUGAUUUUUAUGAGGCGGUGAUCGAUGAGGAAGAAAGAAACCAGAGCGGUGUGAAGGCAGCUGAAUUUACAAGCACAGAGGAUGAAGAGGAGCAGAGAGAAUGAGGAAAAGUAGAGGAACAAUUGAGGAAGAUGCAGGUUUUGGGGGACGCUGAUGUUUUUUUGUUGUUGUUUCAGGACACACUCCCCUGAGGAGAGAGUAGUGAGUAGGUCUCUAAAUAUGAAUUAAAAAUUAAAGCUGUGAAGCAAACUGCAUGUACAGAACACAUUUAGCAGAAGGUUGUGAUUAGGAUGUGGCUUUUCAAUGAAUAAAAUAAAAUAAUGUUGCAGUGUUAACACAAAUAUGCAAUUUUGAUUUAACUUUGACUUGAUUUUUUUUGACUUGUUCAUUAGUGGGACAAGGAACUCAUCACAUUUAUAUGACAAAGGUUGAUUAAAUAAACAGAUUUUAUUUUAUGUCUAACGUUUAGAUUUCUUUUAACAUAACUUUGUUAGUUUUG